AUGAGCAUCAUACAUAGGGACAUCGACUCCGUAGAGUCGGAGCCCUCGCCAUCGCCGGCUGCCAUCCCCAUCCAGAUCAACGUGGAAGACGAAAAGAAGGACGCUUUUGUCAAGAAUAUCGACGAGGAUAUCAAUAACUUCACGACCACUACCGACGAAGAAGAUCGUGAUCCGGAGAGCCAGAAAUUCGACCGCCAUUCCAUCCAAGAGGAGGGUCUCGUUUGGAAGGGCGACCCUACAUACCUGCCCAAUUCCCCGUAUCCGGAAGUGAGGGCAGCAGUUUCCAUCGAGGAUGACCCGACCAUCCGUCUCAACCACUGGAGAACCUGGUUCCUAACCACUAUUUUCGUAGUGGUUUUUGCCGGUGUCAAUCAGUUCUUUUCCCUAAGAUAUCCGUCGCUAGAAAUAAAUUUCAUUGUCGCACAGGUCGUUUGCUUCCCGAUAGGAAGGGUGCUGGCUCUUUUGCCCGAUUGGAAGUGCCGCAGGGCUCCGUUCUUUGAUUUGAAUCCGGGUCCCUUUACCAAGAAAGAACACGCGGUGGUCACCAUUGCCGUAGCGCUCACCUCUUCCACUGCAUACGCCAUGUACAUUUUGAACGCCCAGGGCAGCUUCUACAACAUGAAGCUGAACGUCGGAUAUCAGUUCUUGUUGGUUUGGACAUCUCAGAUGAUCGGUUACGGUGCCGCGGGUCUGACCAGAAGAUGGGUCGUAAACCCUGCAAGUUCUAUUUGGCCUCAAACAUUGAUUUCCGUGUCAUUGUUCGAUUCGCUGCAUUCGAGGAAAAUCGAAAAGACUGUCGCAAACGGCUGGACAAUGCCCCGCUACAGAUUCUUCCUGAUUGUUCUUAUCGGAUCGUUUCUCUGGUACUGGGUGCCCGGGUUCCUCUUCACCGGAUUGUCAUAUUUCAACGUCGUUCUAUGGGGCUCCAAGACAAGACACAAUUUUAUCGCCAACACAAUAUUCGGUACCCAAAGUGGGCUCGGUGCCCUGCCAAUUACGUUUGACUACACUCAAAUCUCCCAGGCCAUGUCCGGUUCCGUCUUCGCUACACCGUUCUACGUCUCCGCCAACACUUAUGCGUCAGUGUUGAUUUUCUUCGUCAUUGUUCUGCCCUGUCUUUAUUUCACCAACACCUGGUAUGCCAAAUACAUGCCCGUCAUUUCGGGUUCCACUUAUGACAACACUCAAAACAAAUAUAACGUGACCAAGAUCUUGAACGAGGACUAUUCCAUUAACCUCGAGAAAUACAAGGAAUACUCGCCUGUGUUCGUCCCAUUCUCAUACCUGCUGUCAUACGCUUUGAAUUUUGCUGCCGUCAUCGCUGUUUUUGUCCACUGUUUCUUAUAUCACGGUAAGGAAAUCCUUGCCAAGUUCAAAGACCGUAAAAACGGUGGCACCGACAUUCAUAUGAGAAUCUACACCAAAAAUUAUAAAGACUGCCCCGAUUGGUGGUAUCUACUCUUGCAAAUUGUCAUGAUCGGGUUAGGAUUUGUGGCCGUUUGUUGCUUCGAUACCAAGUUCCCAGCUUGGGCAUUUGUCAUUGCAAUUUUGAUUUCUCUCGUAAACUUCAUUCCACAAGGUAUCUUGGAAGCAAUGACCAACCAGCACGUUGGUUUGAAUAUUAUUACUGAGUUGAUCUGUGGUUAUAUGCUACCUUUAAGGCCGAUGGCGAACUUGCUAUUCAAACUAUACGGUUUCAUUGUCAUGAGACAGGGCCUAAAUUUGAGCAGAGAUCUAAAAUUGGCCAUGUACAUGAAAGUCUCCCCCCGUUUGAUAUUUGCUGUUCAAAUAUAUGCCACUAUCAUAUCCGGUAUGGUCAACGUUGGUGUUCAAGAGUGGAUGAUGCACAACAUUGACGGCUUAUGUACCACCGAUCAGCCAAACGGAUUCACCUGUGCAAAUGGUCGUACUGUUUUCAAUGCCUCCAUCAUCUGGUCUUUACCAAAAUACCUUUUCUCCACGGGACGUAUUUACAACCCAUUAAUGUGGUUCUUCCUGAUUGGUCUUCUAUUCCCCUUAGUCGUUUACGCUGUUCAAUGGAAAUUUCCUAAUUUCAAAUUUGCAAAACACAUUCAUACACCAGUGUUUUUCACAGGUCCAGGUAACAUCCCCCCAAGUACACCCUACAACUACUCAUUAUUUUUUGCGAUGUCAUUUUGUCUAAAUGUAAUAAGGAAAAGAUGGAGAGCCUGGUUUAAUAAGUACAAUUUUGUCAUGGGAGCUGGUGUCGAAGCUGGUGUAGCAAUCGCUGUCGUCAUCAUCUUCCUAUGUGUACAAUAUCCAGGUGGUAAACUCAGCUGGUGGGGGAACAACGUCUGGAAGAGAACGUACGAUAAUGAUUAUAAAAAAUUCUACACCUUGAAUAAAGGUGAGACGUUUGGUUACGAUAACUGGUGGUAA